GGAGCAAACCGUCUGACGCAGCAGGCUUAACAGAAACAAGAUUACAAGGAACUUCAGCACCUAACAGGAAACCAACACUACUCGACCAAGUAUUCAAUAUACUGCCAGGAGAUGUAUGCGUUCCACCUUAUCUCUAGAGGAAGGAGGUGAUGAGAGGAAGCCACAGACCUCCCACUCCACCAUUACGUCACACAAGAUUGCAGUUACACCAUGUAAUGAAGAGGGUGAAACCAGUUUACGAGCAGUUAGGGCCUAGUACAGACAUGGAUUAUGUAGACCCAAUCUUGACUCUUGCACAAGCCAUAUAUUCUCUUGUCAGUGAGGUGAAGGCCAAUCGAAGUCGAUGCAAGCGCCUAAAACUACGGAUCGAGUACCUGAUGGAACCUGUGAAGAGGCUGCAGAAACAGAACCUGCAAGAAAAUGAUGUUAUCAAAGUGCUGCAGGAAUUGAAGGAGACUAUGGAGGCUGCCAGGGAUUGCAUUGAGGCCUAUACCAAAAGGGACUGGCUCAAAAAAGUCUUCCGUGCUUAUGAUACUGCGGAGGAUUUUAAGUACAUCAAUGAACGCUUGAAUGAUGCAAGUCAAGCCCUGUCACUGAUUUUACAGGUUGACCAGGCAGAACAGCUACGGCAAGCUUUUGAAGAAAAAAAGAUCAGCCAUGAGGAUGAGGAGGACAGCCAACUCGACAAAGAUGAACUGUUGCGCAAACUAGAUGAAGUUGAAGGCAGUAUUACAAGAAAAAUAGAAAUUGUGAAUGAUGGGAUGCAACAUAUGAAACUUGAAAUGAAGGGUAUGAAAGACAUGAUCAUGUCAAGUACAAGUUCAAGUUUUCUAAUCGUUAUGGAAUAUUGUGAACUUGGAACUUUGCGUAAUGUCUUGGAUGAUAAAGCCCGACAACUCUCUUGGCAAGAACGUAUACAGAUGUCAUUAGAUGCAGCCAGAGGCCUGUACAGGCUGCAUCAGUCAGAAGAAAAGUUCAAAGUUCACGGUUGCAUCAACAGUGCACGAUUUUUGGUUAACAAGGGUCUUGAAGUUAAGUUAGCAGGGUUUGAGUUAGCAAAGACUGAGACAUCGCUUAAAAGGAGUGUCAGAUCUGUAAAGAAAUCCACAAGGUUCCUGCCCUAUAUGUCUCCAGAACAGGUGUCAAAUGUCAAUCACCCCUACAGCAAAUCAUGUGAAAUUUACAGCUUUGGAAUCGUUUUGUGGGAGAUAUCAACAAGAGAAAUCCCCUUUAAAGAUCAGCCAUCAUCACAAAUAUAUCAAAGAGUGGUCAAAGAUAAGUAUCAGGAGCCUCUCCCACAGGACUGUCCGAGCUCCCUGGUGUGCCUUAUCAAUCGGUGCCGUUCCUUUGAUCCAUUUGUGCGUCCCACUGCUGGAGCUGUUGUAGACAAGCUGCUGUGUAUCCUCAAGAACUUAAAUGUGACAACUGCCUAAGUCUAUCACAGAAGGGUGUAACACCAGGUUUUCCAUUACAUUCCCCUUUCUUUCACACACAGGAGUCUGCAGAAGCUUACAGAACUCUUAGCCUGUAACUACAGCAUCAAUGAGUGUGCAUGGCAAAGUCUAUUAGUUGCUAAAAGGAUUUGCUCUCAAUGCAUUAUAAAUGUCUGGUACCCAAAAACAGGGAAAGUAUAUCUUGCACUUCAGGGUUCUUUUUUUACUGUGAAAAACCACUACAUAUUCAGCCUUAAGGAUUGUUUUAUAUUUUCCUUCCAUGUCAUUUGUUACUUUGUAGUAGAAUAAAACAAGCUGGGGAAUGCCA